GUCGUUAUUUAUAAACAUGGAGAUCGUCCGCGUGCUGGAGAGCUAUCGAGGGAGGGACAAAAUCGUCCGUUUGUGUACAUACGCCGUUAUGUGCAUCGGUGGCAGGGGACAGGCAGAUUUCAGCAAGAGACUGCUGGCCAUUUCAGAAGGGCUGGGUCGAGCAAGAACGACCAUGCGACUGUUUGACGACCUUUCAAUGUUGUUCAAAACGCGGAGCUAUGGCACAGGUGCCCAGGAUAAGAACCCCAUAGUUCGCCUGAUGACCCUGAUAACCAACAUCUCCUACCAGAUCUUCUAUCCCAUGGAGCACAUCUACUGGCUGGCGGACAGGCAGGUUCUCCCCUCCUUCACGCCCUGGAAGUGGAUGGUGGGAAGUAUAGUGGCCUGGGCCGUGGCACUGUCUGCAGACAUCAUCAAGAUGAUUGCCAAGAUUGUGACCCUGAGGAAGGAACUCAGUGAGCUGCGGAAAGAGAAACUGCUACAAUCGUCAGAGGAAAGUGAGGACCAUGUGAGAGCAGAAAGGAAAAGCGCCGUGAUCGGAGAGAUUCGGGAGAGUUAUCUCACCCUUAUCCAGGAUCUGGCUGACUUUGCCAAUGCAAUCAGCUGGCUGCCAUCCGGCUCACUUCUCUGGUCAGGAAAACUGUCACGCUUCCAAAACGGAAUAUUUGGCAUGAUUUCUUCUUGUAUUCUAUUGUACAAGGCUUGGCCCAGUAAAGAGAAGAGUUCGUAGAUAGAAUUUUUUCUUCGUUUUACAAUAACAUUAUGUCCCCUGGUGCUGAAAUCCAUCACUUAGUGAUGUAUUCGUAAUUAUUUAUCAAGAGUUAAUUGUAGUAAUUAAGCUGUGAUUGAUAAAUUGUGUGUAAGAAAAUUUUCACAUGGCCACUGACAUCUGUUUUUCUGUGAAAGAUAGUAAUUUAUAUACCUCGUAGCAGGAGGUCCACCCAUUGAGUUCUAGUUUUGGAACCAAGUGUUUACACGUGUAUGUAUGAGGUCUAGUUUUCACAAGCUCUAAGUUACUCAGUAACCUUGUAUGGUACUGUGGUCAAUGUCGUGUUGAAAUUGAAGAUUUUUAUGCCCCCGAGAUCGAAGAUGGGGGGGCAUAUUGUUUUUGUCCUGUCUGACAUUCUGUCAUUCUGUAAUUCUGUCAUUCCGUCAUUCUGUCUGAAACUUUAACCUUGCUAAUAACUUUUGAACAGUAAGUGAUAGAGCUUUAAUAUUUCACAUGAAUAUUCCUUGUGACAAAACCUUUCCGUGGGUACCAACAUUUUUGACCCCGUGACCUUGACCUUGGAGUUUGACCUACUUUUUGAAAACUCUAACCUUGCUGAUACUUUUGAACAAUAAGUGAUAGAGCUUUAAUAUUUCACAUGAAUAUUCCUUGUGACCAAACCUUUCCGUGGGUACCAAUAUUUUUGACCCUGUGACGUUGACCUUGGAGUUUGACCUACUUUUUGAAAACUUUAACCUUGCUAAUAACUUUUGAACAGUAAGUGAUAGAGCUUUGAUAUUUCACAUGAGUAUUCCUUGUUACAAGACCUUUCCGUUGGUAUUGAACCUUUUAACCCUGACAUUUGACCUACUUUUAUUUUAUUUUUUACAUUGGUCAUAACUUCUAAAUGGUAAAUAUUAGAGCUUUAAUAUUGUACAUGAACCUUUCUUUUGACAAGAUAUUUCUACUGGUACCAAGAUAUUUGCCUUUGUGACCUUGGCCAUCUUCAGAAUUGGCCAUUAUUAGGGGCAUUUGUGUUUUACAAACACAUCUUGUUUUUUUAUGAAUUAUAUGCUGCAUAAUCAUUCCAUUUUCAUUAUUUCAUAAUAUUUAAGGCUGAAUGUUACACUAGAGAAAUCUAAUAUGGUUGAGAGAUGAGGAAUAAGUACAAUAAUAUUUUGAAAUUGAAAAUUUAUCUCAUUUAGUAAAAAAAAUAAAGUUUUAGUAGAAAGUUACCAUGGGAAAAAAGAAUGUGUACAAUAUUUUAACAUUGAAAAUUUACCUUUAAUAUUUAGUUAACACUGCCGUUUUAGAUAAAGUAAUCUGAAAAAAAAUUAAAACCCCUGCAGGACUUGAACCCACAAUCUACAGUUCAGCAGUUGACAUCGUUGAUCGAUUGACUUAUCGAGCAAGGUAAUUAGAUUGAGAAAGGAAUAUAUGAUCUACAUAUGUUGCUGAUAUUUAUAUUUUCAUUCUUGUCUUAAUAAAAGAAAGUCAGCCAUUAUGACAACAUGCAACUUCACCUUAAUUGACAGCCAUUAUAACAACAUGUAACUUCUUAAUUAAUAAGAAAGAAAAUCAACCAUUAAUGUACAUGUAAUUAUGUAAUUAACGUCCCAGAAUAUAACCUACAACUGUCUGUGAUACGUUGUGUUCUCCGCACAUGAUAGGCCGUGUCAAUGGUAAAGUCUAUUUCAUGUCGCACAUGAUAGGCCGUGUCAAUGGUAAAGUCUAUUUCAUGUCGCACGUGAUAGGCCGUGUCAAUGGUAAAGUCUAUUUCAUGUCGCACGUGAUAGGCCGUGUCAAUGGUAAAGUAUAUUUCAUGUUGCACAUGAUAGGCCGUGUCAAUGGUAAAGUCUAUUUCAUGUCGCACGUGAUAGGCCGUGUCAGUGGUAAAGUCUAUUUCAUGUCUCAUGUGAUAGGCCAUGUCAAUGGUAAAAUCUAUUUCAUGUCUCUGUAGAUGCCAUAUAGACAAACAGAUUAAUAUUACACUUAUUGUGUCGAGUUGAAAAAUUAUAUAAUUAUAUGCAAAUACAUACAUGUAUAAUUUAUGUUUGUGAAAGUAAAGGGUAUAGAGUUAUUUAAAGAUUUCUACUAGAUAUAGUAAAUAUAUGAUGAGAGAAAGGGGGAUAGAGAGAGACAGACACAGAGAGGGUGGAUUUUUUAAAAAGAUUUCUACUAGAAAUAGUACAGCUAUGAUGAGAAAGAGAGAGGUGGAGGGCAGAAAGAGAGGCUUUAUACUGCAAUACCGGUAAUGUGUGAAUAUCUGGGCCAUGUGAAUAUCCAAUCAAAUCUAAGCAGUGUAGUACACACAUGCGUCCUGUAACUUGUUCUUGUUGUCCAGAUUUGUUUAAUGUACAUAUGUACCCAGAGCUUUGUAGGCUAUUUUUAUAUUGUGUACAGUAACAUUAGAACAGCACUGUUAGUUGGUAGAUUGUUUUUGUUUAAUCCGUUGUGCUGUACUCAUGUAAGACAUGGAGAGAAUGCAACGAUAAAAAAACUGAAUAUUUUUGUUAAUGUUUAAAAAAGGCACAUAUAUUUUUGCUUGAUUAAAUUUGCAAUUUUAUUUUCUGUUUUAUCUCGUUAAUGAUUUGUAUAAUACAUGUAAAAUGAUGAAUAAAAAUACACAUAAUCAUAUUUGUCAUCCCCACCAACAAA